UGUGGUAAAUAGUACAUUAAAAAAAAAAUCUAAUGUAGGCAUAAUGAUUAAAAUGCCAAAUUGGUUGAAUAAGACUUCGUUUUCACCAAAAAAGACCCCAACGAGAAAAGCUUCGGUAUCGCUAGCGAGCAAAGACCUGAGCCAGAAGAGAAUCGAAAAGGAACUUGGUCCCAACGUUGGAGAGAUCAGGAUUUGCCUUGGCGAUCAGCAAGCUGUGUUUGACGGAGGUCUUUGGAUACCCGAAACUGGAAAAGUUGGGGGAACGUUUAAGGAGAACGAGAAAUUAAAAAAGGAAGUACAAAAGUUGCAGGAAGAAAAUAACUUGCUAAAAGUGAAGUUUGAGCUUUUAUUGGAUAUGAUGACGCAAACUACCACAGAAGCUGAUUCGCUAAAAGAAGAAUACGAUAAUCUCAAAAGUAAGGGUCACCAUGGUAGACGGCUUGCAGCAUAAGGC